GCGCCCCGCUCGGUGGCGCCACGGGGAGGGCGCCGCGCCCCCAGCGCUGAGGUUGGCGGUUCGAGCCCCGCGUUGCGCAGUUUGAAGGGGUGCGGUGACCCCUGGCUGUGUCUUCAUGUUCACACCCCGAUGCGAUCGUCCCCAAGUGCCACCCCCAGCCGUGCCAAGCCCUUUGGCGGGGCGGAGCCAACCCUGCCAGCUGUGUGGCAACACCACCACCAACCUGCUUCCUUCCUUCCUUCCUUCCUCCCAGCCGCUGCCCCGGGCUUUGGGGUGGGGGGUCCCAAUGGAGGCUGAAGGCUUCGCCCCGCAGACCAAAGUCUUCCAGUAUCGGAUUUGGGACGUCAAUCAGAAGUCGCUUUACCUGCGCAAUGACCAGCUGGUGGCCGGGCACCUGCAGGGGGCAAACGCGGCGCUUGAAGAGAAGGUGUUUUGGGUGCCCAACCGUGCCUUCGAGCCCGCCCGGCUCCCCAUCAUCCUGGGCAUCCAGAAUGGGACGCGCUGCCUGGCCAGUCCCCCAGCCAGCCAGCCCACCCUGCAGCUGCAGGCCGUGGACAUCCGGGCGCUGCCCCGCGACAGUGCCACCUCGGCCGCCUUCACCUUCUUCCGCUCCUACAAGGACGGGCUGUGGCGCUUCGAGUCGGCUGCCAACCCCGGCUGGUUCCUCUGCACCGCGGCCAGUGGCCACCAGCCCCUGGGGCUGUCCCAGGUCCCCGACGCCACCCACCUGCUCGACUUCUACUUCCAGCUCUGCUGAGUCCCCCUGCGCCUGGGGACGGGGACAUCACCACCCCAGGACGGUGGCAGCUACACCAGGAGGGUGAUAUGCUCACUCCAGGGAUGGUGACAUCGCACUGGGGAUGAUGAUAUCCCUCCCAGGAUGGUGACAUACGCCCUGGGAUGGUGAUAUCGUCACCCCAGGGAUGGUGGCAUUCCCCUCCAGAUGGCGACAUUCCCCUUGGGACAGUGACAACCCCUCCAGGAUGGUGACAUCUCCCUGAGGAUGGUGAAGUCCCUCGGGGACAGUGAUAUCCCCUCUGGGACAGCGACACCCCCCUCAGGAUGGUGACAUCCCCUGCGAUGGUGACAUCUCGCCCAGGAUGAUGACAUCCCCCCUGGGGUGGUGACAUCCUCACCCCAAAGACAGUGACAUCCCCCCGGGAUGGUGCUAUCCUGCUGCGGAUGGUGACAUCCCCCUGGGGACAGUCACAUCCCGUGGGAAUAAAGAUGCUCAGGACA